AUGAAUCUACUUACCUGGAGUAUUUUUCUUUUCGGUUUCCCAAUUUCGAUAGCAAGUGCAUCGCAUUUCGGAGCGAUUGAGGUUAUAUUAGGCUACUUGAAGAUUCCACUGGAAGUAUCCAUUUUAACGUGCUGGAAUGAAAGUGAAAAAUUUAUAUUUUGGAAGAAUUUGUUCGAUCGAAACCUACCUAUUCGAAGUAUUCGGAUGUCUGCUGAAGAAAUCUAUGCCCUUCCUUGGAAUGAUCCGCACCAGCAUUACAGUGUGAUAGUUGUCGAUUUAGCGUGUCCAAACACGAAAUCCUUGAUAAAGGCCUCCGAUCAAAUGCUCUACUAUCAUGUAAAAUGGAUCGUUGUGAAUACAAAUGAGUCGGAUUGCGAUUCUGUGGUACAAGAUUUCCAGGAUCUUCAUGUCUUGAUAAGUAAUGAAAUUUUCAUUCUGUGUAAACUUGAAUCUUAUGAAGGAUACAUCAUCAAGCAAGUGUACCGAUACUCUCGUGACACGAACUUGAUACAGGAAACCAUCGGAUGGUGGCAGCAUGGAGUGUUGGAGUUCAAAUCAGCCCCAAAUCAACCCGUAUCGAUUCGUCGCCGCAAUUUGAACGGAUUUCAAUUCCGUGCCUCACUAGUGAUAACCAACAAUGCCAGCUUGAACCAUCUGGAAGAUUAUCGGGACAAGCACGUGGACACGAUUACUAAAAAGAACUAUUUCCUCACCAAGUACAUGGUUGAAAGCCUGAAUGCCACAGUUCGCUUCAGUUACGUCAAGUCUUGGGGUUAUCCGGACCCCAAAACGAACCGAUUCGACGGGAUGAUCGGAGAGCUGCAGACCGAUACGGCAGAUUUGGGAGGAUCAGCUCUGUUCUUCACAACCUCCCGAAUCAAGGUGAUCGAUUAUCUGUCUAUGACGACUCCCACCAGGGCCAAGUUUAUCUUCCGAUCACCGAAGCUAUCCGUCACGGAUAACGUUUUCGUGCUGCCCUUCAGUGGAACCGUUUGGCUUUGUAUCAUCAGCUUCAUCGUACUUUCGGGAUGUUUGCUGCUCGCCAUUAUGCUAGUGGAAUAUCAUUACACAACGAUUCGAUAUGGAAGCAACGUAAGACCGACACUAAUGGACACACUGCUGAAUAUGUUUGGCACUUCCUGCCAACAGGGUUCGUAUCUUGAGCCGAAGUCGCUUCCGGCACGAUGUCUGAUCCUGCUUAGUUUGGUGGUACUGAUGUUUCUGUACGCGAGCUAUUCGGCCAAUAUAGUGGCGCUUAUCCAGUCGCCCUCCCGGAAGAUUCAAAACGUCGAGGACCUUUUGAAUUCCCGGUUGGAAGUUGGGGCCGAGGAUACCGUUUACAAUAAGUAUUACUUUGCGCAUGAAACUGAAAAAGUACGAAAAGCUCUCUACGAACGGAAGAUGAAAAAUCGGGAAGGAGCUCUGACUGGAUUCAUUUCGCUGGAAAAAGGUGUCGAGCGGAUACGCCAAGGAUUGUACGCGUUCAACGUUGAGGUUGGCGUGUGUUAUAAGCUGAUCAGCGAAACCUACCAGGAGGACGAAAAGUGCGGCCUGCAGGAGAUCGAAUACCUGAACAUAAUCGACCCGUACUAUGCGAUCCAGAAAAACAGCUCAUUCAAGGAGCUGAUCAAAGUGACACUUUUUCGGCUGCGUGAGUACGGAAUGCAGGACCGAGAGCAGUCGAUGCUCUACACGAAAAAACCUACCUGUAGCGGGGGCAGCAGCUUCAUUCCGGUUUCGAUUGUCGAUGUUCGUCCGGCUUUGAUUUUGUUGGCCUGGGGAUUCGGGAUAGCUUGUGCUGCAUUGAUUGUUGAGAAAGUUUGGUUCAAGUUACGGAUUCGGCAGCAAAACUCAACAAGGGUUCUCUUCAAACGGUCGUCGAUUCAUCGAUUGCGCAUUGGUUCGGUAUACUAA